GAUGAGUAACCAACCAGCAAAAGACGGUGUUAUACCUCCACCCAUUUCAGAUAGCAAGGCUGCCGCUGCAGAGACAAAACCAAAGAAGAAGAUAUGUUGUGCGUGCCCUGACACCAAGAAGCUGAGAGAUGAGUGCAUCGUCGAGCAUGGUGAAUCUGCUUGCGCUAAAUGGAUCGAAGCUCAUAAAAUGUGUCUCCGAGCUGAAGGUUUCAACGUCUGAAAAAGGCUCUCUUUUUGUUUUUCUUUCUUGGAAUAUAUAAUUUGAUGAAUCAAAAGUAAUGAGAGCAGUUCAUUGCCCCCAAAAACACAAGAGAUUGAUUCAUCUUGAGAUUUUUAUUUGGAUACAGAGUCCCCAUUUUGUUGUGGUUGAAAAUAAAAGUCCAAAGAAACAAAACAAGCAUCGAUCUUUUCAAAUAUGUUGCAACUCUU